AUUGAACUAGCAGUAACUUCAUACUAAAAAUCAUACAUAAUGGGAGAAACCAAGACCAAAUCCAAACCACAGUCAUCAAGAAAGGGGAAGAGAGCCUGGCGUAAGAACAUCGACAUCCAAGAAGUCGAAUCUGGUCUUCAAGCGUCAAGGGAUUCAGAAGUCAUCUUAGGUAAAUCUAAUGAAGAUGAAGAAGACUUCAUAAUCGAUGAAACUCCACAAAUCAAACCUAAUGUUGAAGUUAAGAAAUUGAAAACGCAUGAAAUUUUAACUAAUAAGUCCAAAGUCCCUGCUUUGGCUCACCCUAAGGAAUCUAAGAAACCAAAAACUAUCCAAGGUGUCAAACGUACUGAUGUUUUAAAGUUGGUUAAAUUGACUGGUGGUAGAUACAAGAGUGAAAGUACCAUGCUCAACCGUAUUGAAAAGGAUGGGUUAAUGAAUGUGUCUAAUGAUGAUCUUUGGGGAGAAGAUGAAAAGGAAGCUACUCCAGUUGACGGAUUUUCUUCAACUGCUGAAGUGACCCGUGCUUCCGUUAUUCCCAAAACUUUAUCUCAUGCUCCAAUUCAAGUAGUUGAUAACGAGUUAACUUCAAAGACUAUUCAUGCUGGUAAAUCAUACAACCCAUCAUUGGAAUCUUGGAAGGAUUUAAUAAAUCAAGAAUAUGAUCUUGAAUAUAAACGAGAACUAGCUAGACAACAAAUUGCCGAGCACAGAGAAAAGAUUAAGGUGUUGAUGGAAACUUUGAAGGAUGAUAACUUGUCAGAAAGUGAUGACGAAGAAGAGGAAGAAGAGAAAGAGCAAGUGAAGGAAGAAGAACAAGCCAACGAAGAAGAUGCUUAUAGAUUGUCGAUAAACAAGCCAACUCAAGUUAAGAUCAAAACCAAGACCAAGCGAAAUAAGGAAGCUAAACAUAAGAAGAGAGUAGAAUUAGAACAGCAAUUGAAAGAUUUGAAGAAGCAAUUAAAGGAUCUUUCUAAUUUGGACGAAUUGUUAAAAAAACAACAAGAGGAAGAAGAACAGCAGGAACAACCAGCCACUAAGAAACAAAGAAAGAGCCAAAAGCUUUUCAAAUAUAAUCCAAUUCAAGCCCCAUUAGAAGUUAAAUUAUCCAACGAAUUAACCAACAAUUUAAAGAAUGUCAAACCAGAAGGUAAUUUGUUUUAUGAUCAAAUGUUGAAGUUACAAUCAACUGGUAAGAUCGAAGCCAGAGUUCCAGUUGCCAAGAAGAAGAAAUACACACCAAAGAUUACUGAAAAAUGGACCUACAAGGAUUUUAAAUAGAUACUAUUCUUUUUCUGCGUAUAAUAUAGAUAUAUAAUAAAAAAGGUUAAAACGAAAUAAAUAUUACAUGAAUACCACUCCAAUUCAAACUCCCAGAAUGAUGACAAGUGCCACCAAUCAAAUGCUAUUGCUAUGCUAAGAAGCUUACGACCAAUCCCAAUCACCAAAAACGUAACCUCUCCAUAAUCUGUCUCUGAGUACGAAAGAUUGUCCUCUGUUGGCAGAGUAGUAUUGUUGUUCGAUAGUGUCGGCGGUCUUGAAAUGUUCAGGGGCGACUGGCUCUUGUGAUUGACCACGUUUAAUUCCUGUCAAUAAGAAAUCACGCUUCAUCAUUCUUUUGUCCCAUGCAUCUAAAUUCCAUCUGUCAUUCUUCCAACCGUUGUCCCAAUAUCUAAUGAAUUGGACACCAUGACCUGCAAGACCAAAGAAUGCAGCCAUAAUGGCAUAUGGCAUUAAACCUUCAAAUGGAACUGGCAUAUUUGUAUAUUGGUAGGUAU